AUGGCUGCGAUUGCCAGCUCUCUGAUCCGCCAGAAGCGCCAGGCGAGGGAGUCAAACAGCGACCGGGUGUCCACGUCCAAGCGUCGACCCAGUCCCAGCAAGGACCCUCGCUCUCUGUGCGAACGGCAUUUUUUGGGGGUCUUCAGCAAAGUGCGCUUCUGCAGCGGCAAGAAAAGACCUGUGCGCCGGAGACCAGAUGCACCCUCGAAACCUCCACAGGUGUCCCAUAAGGGCUGCAGGCUAGAGCCACAGCUGAAAGGCAUCGUGACACGAUUGUUCAGCCAGCAGGGCUUCUACCUGCAGAUGAAGCCGGACGGAACCAUUGAUGGCAGCAAGGACGAAAACAGCGACAAUACUCUGUUUAAUCUUAUUCCCGUGGGUCUGAGAGUCGUGGCCAUCCAGGGAGUGAAGAGUGGCUUCUACAUCGGCAUGAACGGCGAGGGCAUGCUCUACAGCUCUGAAAUGUUCACGCCGGAGUGCAAAUUCAAAGAGUCGGUUUUUGAGAACUACUACGUCAUCUACUCGUCCACCAUGUACCGACAGCAGGAGUCGGGCCGGGCCUGGUUUCUCGGUCUCACUAAGGAGGGACAAGUCAUGAAAGGCAACCGGGUUAAGAAGACCAAACCUUCGUCUCACUUUGUACCAAGGCCCAUUGAAGUCUGUAUGUACCGUGAGCCAUCGCUGCACGAGAUCGAGGAAAAGCACCGCUCCCGGAAGAGCUCAGGGACCCCCACCAUGAACGGAGGCAAAGCAGUUAACCAGGACUCCUCAUAG